GAGGCGGGGCUGGCCCGACACGGAGCGGAAGAGGCCUGGGGGGCUGGGUGAGGCGGCGAGACGGUUUGGUGGCGAGUUGCCGGGCUGGCUCAGCUCGCAGCCCCAUAACACGGGAUACGCCGGAAGGAACUGAAGGACUUGGGAUUCCCCGAGCCGUCACCGCCACUGCUGCUGCUGCUAUUGCGAACACCACUGUCCCCAACGCCGAAGAAUACGGCCCUGCAAGGCCUCCAGGCCUAGGCGCGGCGCGGAGCCAGACGUGCUGCUGCCGUGAGUAAAACGAGCGCCCUCUCCACGAUAGCUUAACGAAUUAAAAUGGAGGAAAUUUCGUUGGCUAACCUGGAUACUAACAAGCUGGAGGCCAUCGCGCAGGAGAUAUACGUAGACCUGAUAGAGGAUUCCUGUUUGGGAUUCUGCUUUGAGGUGCACCGGGCGGUCAAGUGUGGCUACUUCUAUCUGGAGUUCGCGGACACUGGUAGCGUGAAGGAUUUUGGCAUUCAGCCAGUGGAAGACAAAGGAGCAUGCCGCCUCCCGCUCUGCUCCCUUCCUGCAGAGCCUGGGAAUGGGCCUGAUCAGGAGCUGCAGCGCUCACCUCCAGAAUUCCAAUAGCUGCAACAUGAGAGAGGCUGAGAGUGACCAAGACAACAUAGACUGGUCCUGUGGCUUGGAGGAAUGAGCUAAGUAAAAAAAGGUUUAAAAAACAAAAACAAAUGUCAAUUCCUAAUUCCCUUUGAAAACCCUAGAAUUUUAAAACCCAAAGUGGAGAAUUUAGGGAUUUAAGAUUCUUUUGUAAGUGUAUCACCUGGAGUCAGAUCUAAAACCCUGGGUCAGAGAAGCUUCACCGGCUGCAUAUUCAUCUUUAGACACACCAGGAUGUGUGCAAGGUCCCGAAGUGCCCCCAGUGCACAUGAGAGCAGUUGUGUGCCCAGUGUAUAAAAAUCCUUUGGUUCCUCAGCCUUUCUCCCUGCCUGAUGUCAAGGGCCUCCUGGACAAUUUGGACAUUAUUCUUGGUCAGGCCAAAAUGGAUGGCCUUCAUUGGGACUGCUCCUCUGAUCUCUGAGCCUUUGUUUUGGGUUUUUCUGAGAUAAAUGAAAGUCAGGUGUGCACUUUGGAUACUAGCAAUGUCAACUCGGGAAAACCAAGAAAAAGAAUUCUCAAUCAAAUUUGGUAGGAGUGUUCUAUGGCCUUGACUCCAACAAGAAGAAAAGGUCAAAACCGCCUGUUUCCCAAGGGUCCAGCAUUUACAAUGAUUUCAACCCACUUGGGGACAAGGCCUAGCCUUUGGAUUAGCACAGCCGUCUUGCUUGCUUGCCUGGUGGCAUAGGGUUGGUAAAUGGACAAUUUAGUUGUCCAGAUAGGCUGAGGAUUCAGUAUGAUCCCCUAUGGGAGGUAGCAGGGACCUCUACAACUAUGCACGAUCUUUCAAACCACAAGAUUCAUGUCUGGAUGUAUUUCUCUGUGGACACAAGUUUGGUGGGGCAUUUAUUAACUACUAUUGAGUUACUGGUUACCUAGCUAGUCCGUGAGUGUGACUGGUCAUUACGGCCGGUUACUACGUGCCUCCCCACCCCAGGGCAGUCCUGAACUAUAGAAGCAUCAUAGCUGUGCAGGUGGCUGUUUUAAACUCUGAGCCCAGAGGGGAUCUCUUCCAGCUGCCCUCAAUAAGGUGAAUGAGUUAAUUCUAGGAGUCAAGGAACAGAAAUGGGUCUUCUCUCAUCUGUGUGCAGAAUCCUGUUAAAUGCCUCUGUUCCUCUGAUUGGGUGGUUGGGACCUGGCUAUAGAGAACAUUCAGGUUGUCACCACCUCUUCCCCUUACAAGGGGCAUAUUUUUUCCACUCAACCCCCUUGGAUCUUUUUGACAACAAAAGCUAUCUUUUUGUUGUUGGAAGUCAUGGAAAGACCUCCAGAAUUUCCUGGCUUCAGGUUAGGGGAGGAUGGGAAAUAAGAGCCACAUAUCAAAACUACCCUCCACUUUACUCCCUGAGCGAAGGUAUAUGAAGCAUAAAGGGGUGGGAGCCUCAAGGUGAGCAAGAACGGUGCUGCUUUAUUUGAAAUGUUUCUUACCUCAUUCUGUGCUCCAAUAAGGGUCCUAGCCUCAUCUGUCUGGCUUGGCCCCAUGUUCCUCCUUUCCCCUGCUCCACUGCCUAUCUGGUGCAGCUCAUGACCCCAGGUGCUGCUUACGGCUCCAGCUUUCAUAUUUACCAGUUUCAAUUCAUCUCUCUUAAUGCUACCCCUUCUGAAGCCUGCCCAAUUGCCUUUGUCUUGGCCUCUUUUAAGAUUUUUGGUUUUGGGUUUUUUUCCUGUUUUUGUGGAGGACUCAGAGGAAAAUCUUACAGUUUUCUCUGUUGGGAUUGGAAUUGGAAGAGAACUUAAUUUUUUGUAUUUAAAAGGCAGUGUCAUGCCUUAGCAUUUCUCUUAUGUAAGACUCCCUUGCUAGUAUGUCUUACUUCAUGAGUUCUAUCUUCCCACUUUUUCUUGAAUACUGCCUCUUAGGACCUACGCAAAAGAGCAGUAAAAGCUGGUGGACACACAGGGAUGGAGUUGGUCCUUAUCCAUUCUCUAACCCUUGUUCGUCAUUAUCCCAAAAAGAAUUAAGGACUGUGUGGAAUGAAUUGGGUCACAUACUUAGAGUAUUAAAGAAAUAGAGAUUGGGCUUUGAGACUAUUAUUACCUUCUCCCUAUAUUGUCUUAAUCAGGAUUGGGCCCUAGUUACAGAUUGAUCUUCAAUCCAAGAAUUGUGGUAAUUUGAAAAGUCAAAGUUUGCAGGAGCUAAAAUAAUUUUGGUCUUUCUUUGCCCUUGACUUUUGGUUAGACAGAGGGAGAAAGUAAGAAGGGUCUGAAUGACAGUCUGGCCUACUUGCAAACAUUAUAUUGAAACUAGGAUGAAGGUAAGGAGAAAGGCCAUGUGUGGUCCAAUCACUCUUCCCUUUGAUAGGCAACUCUGUUCAUGAUGUUACUGUUUUCUUUCGGUCUUUUCUCCUGGCUAGAAGAGGAAGAAGUGGGAAGUAAUGGUUUAGGGUAAUGGUUCAUAUCACCUCCUUUUUGGACUUUUUUCUCCCCUCUACCAAAAGGGCAGUAGCUUCUGUGAAUGAGUAUAAGGUGGGCUUGGUCUAACAGGUCCCCUGAGGGAAUAAACUCCUUUUAUACUCCCUCCCAUCUAGUUGACAGUGGUUAGGAACUCUCCUUUUCCCUAGCUACCCUCCCUUUACUGCAGAAUUCCUGUUAUCUCCUUGAUUAAGUGUAUUGAUCACCUUGUAAUCCUAUAUGUAACUGAGUGUGUGUGUGUGUGUGUGUGUGUGUGUGUGUGUGUGUGUGUGUGUGUUAUGGGGGAAAGGGGUUCUUUAAAAUUUUAUGUGGUUUGUGGCUUUUUCUUCCAUACAUUAGUUUCUGCCACCGCAUGCCCAGGGACCACUGCCUGGCAUUAUCGCAUGCUGGGAUCAUUGGGGGAGGGUAAUAAAGCUCACCACUGUCCUUUGUUUUGGAGAUUCUUAUUUUUGCAUAAGUAGUCCAUUCUGUACAGAUAGCUGACUAACUGUAUUCCCCUUACCCCUAUGGCUGCUGGUGUAAAUAAACUGCAUCUCCCCAUUGGUAAACAGUAAUAAUAAACAAAAUUUUAAAAAAUGA